AGGGUGGGGGCUGUUUGGAUAGAUGGUAAAUGUGAGGGGUAAGCGGGUUAUUUCAAAGAACUCUAACUCAAAUAAACCAGUUAAUGUCUACGGGCAAGUGACACAAUGACUCACUUAAUUCGGUUUAGCAGCUGGUUAUUCUGGUUAAAUCGGUCAUCGGAUAACGAGCCGUGGGAGAACAUCCGGGUUAUGACCCAAUGGCACGUGACCGGAUGUGGCGACACCGGGAUGGCGGUCGAGGGAUUGGGAGAGAAAAUUAACAUGACCUUGGAUUUCCUUUACUAAUGUGUUAUCGCAAUGAUUUGCAGCUCAGAGCUGAUCAACACCAUUGGCCACAGAAUGCAGCAGGUUCAUCACUGCAAGCAACUCCUUGACCAGCUCCAACAGCAGCGCCUUGAUGGCUUUUUGUGUGAUUGUACUGUUGUCAUUGGCCAGUUGCAGUUCCGAGCCCACCGAAAUGUUUUAGCUGCGUUCAGCAACUAUUUCCGAUCUGUUUAUGGGCUCAGUCUAGACAAUAAUGUUGUGUUCCUCGAUCACAACCACGUCAGCUCUGAUGGGUUUCAAAAGAUCCUGGAUUUUAUAUACACUGGAAACAUGAAUAUCGAUGGAUGUAAUGUCGCUGCAAUAGAGGCUGCUGCUGGUUACCUGCAGAUGGAAGAUGUGGUGAAAAUAUGUAAAGUAAAAAUGGAAUCACCUGUGAUCAAUUUGAACACUGUCUCUAAAGCAGCAUCUGGCAUACCGGGGAACAUAGAGCCAAGCAGCUGCUUCACUACUACAGGGACAGAGAAGGACAUUGUUCAGGAAGGAUCUGGAACAAAGGUCAGCUGUGAAGAAAAGUUGCUAAAUACUCCAGAUUUCAGCCUUCAUCUCAAAUCGGAAGAACUGCAGAUGCAGCCAGCAAAUGCAAACACUGUGUCUGGAACCAGAGGCCAGAAACCAAAGGCUGACCACAACUCUGUGCUGCCAGUGAGAGGUAUAAGUCCCAACAACAUGCUCAAGUGUACUAAGAUGAAACGAAAGAGUGGUUGUACUGUGAGAAGGGUGGAGAGGAGAAUACGCAGUGAAAGUACAGUACAGUUAGACACUGCCGGCUCUGCCCUCCAGCCUAACAAAGACUCUCAAUCAGCUUUGUUUAAUAACUACAAAAAUUCUUUAGCAGAGAAUAAGAUUAUUCAGAAAACAAACAGGAAACAGAGACGGAGAUGCUCUCAGCGGCAAGAAUCCGUAGGAGAAAGGUGCAAAUCAAAGCUGAUAACUGGAGGAAGUGGUGUAAGGCUGGUGGAGCCAGGGAAUACUGACAUGAAGCAGCUGAAGAUGAAGCCAAUUUGCAACAUUUGUGGCAAAGUAUUCUCUGAGGCUAGCAGUCUGCGCCGACACAUGAGAAUUCACAAAGGACUAAAACCUUAUGUCUGCCAGCUUUGUGCAAAGGCUUUCACGCAGUGUAACCAGCUCAAGACCCACAUCAGGACCCACACAGGUGAGAAGCCCUAUCAGUGUGACAUGUGCGAUAAAAGCUUUGCCCAGAAAUGCCAGCUAGUCUUCCACAAUCGCAUGCACCAUGGUGAGGAGAAGCCAUAUGCUUGUGACGUCUGCAGCCUUCAGUUUGCUACUUCCAGUAACCUGAAAAUUCAUGCCAGGAAGCACAGUGGGGAGAAACCAUAUGUGUGUGACCGGUGUGGCCAGCGCUUUGCUCAGGCCAGCACUCUUACGUACCAUGUGCGACGUCACACAGGAGAGAAACCUUACAUCUGCGAUACGUGUGGAAAGGCAUUUGCUGUUUCGAGUUCACUCAUCACACAUGCACGGAAACAUACUGGUGAGAAGCCAUAUAGCUGCCGGACAUGUAAUAAAAGUUUCAUCUCUUCAGGAGAGCUGAAUAAACAUAGCCGAUCACACACUGGUGAAAAACCUUUUGUCUGUGAAUUAUGUGGAAAUUCAUACUCUGAUGUGAAGAAUUUAAAGAAACAUAGUAGUAAAGCUCAUGAUGGCAUUAAUUUACAGUACAACAACUUGACAAACUGUGCAGCGGAAAUGAUUGGAAAAUUGCUUCUGGAGAGCACCACAAUUACUGAUCUCAACCUCAUGUGUAAUGACAUUGGCAGCCAUGGUGCUAAAUGGUUGAGCAAAGCUUUACAGUUCAACAGAUCUGUGAAGAAUCUGAGGAUGAAUGGAAAUAAAAUUGGCAACACAGGUGGAAUGCACUUUGCAACAAUGCUUCAGCUAAACCGUACUUUGGAAUCUCUAGAUCUUGGUGACUGUGAUUUGGAAACUCAAAGUCUAAUUGCCUUAGCAACAGUUCUGCACCACAACAAAACUCUCAGAGCCAUUGAUGUAGGUCGUCCUAUCAUUCACACCAUUCAGGAAGAAGCCACUGUCCACAUGGCCCAUAUGCUUCAAGUUAACCAAACUCUUCAGGAGUUGCAUUUAGUAAAAAUGGGAAUGAGAAACUUUGGCAUUCAGCAAAUUUGUGACAAACUGGUUCAUAACCACAGUCUUCGACUCCUUGAUCUCCACUGUAACCAGAUAUCCUCUGAUGGAGCAAAGUCUUUGGCUGAGCUACUGAAACACAACACUCCCUUGAAGAUCCUGGAUUUGGCUGCCAACAGAAUUGAGGACGAUGGACUGGUUUGCAUCAGUGAUGCUCUUCGCUACAGGAAUAAUCAGCUUUUAGCAUUAUCUGUAGCCAGGAAUAAUAUUUCUGGUAUUGGACUGAUGGCACUUGCAAAUGCCUUGAAAUCGAACAACACAUUAACCAAUAUCUACGUCUGGGGCAACAACUUUGAUGAAUCAGCCUCCAUAGACUUUGCAAACCUGAUAAAAGCUGGGCGUUUGAAGCCAAAACGAACAGACAUUAGCCCAUACUGGAUUGAUGGAAGAGUCUACCUUUCUGAGCUAGCUCAUGGGCUGCAGAUGUAUUAUUACUGGACUCCCCUGUAUGGUGACAGGGAUGAGGCAGCUUGUAAUGCCAACACAUACCUGCUGAAAGAGCCAAAUACUUCCAUAAGCCAGAUCGAUAUAGAAGAAUCCAUUGACACUUCCAGCUUUGAAGGAGACCAACCUUUCUAAUAUCUUUCUGCCAGCUCUUUCUACCAGCUAUUCAAUGAAUCUCAUUCAUCUGCUUUUUAUUGCUGCAUAGUUCUGGAAGUGUUUCUUUUUAAAAUAUGCAAUCAAAUCCCUUUUGAAGUUACCAUUACAUUUACUAUACUAGAGUUCAGACAGUACAUUUCAAAGGACAAAAACUCACUACAUAAAAAGUAUUCUCAUCUCCCUUGAUUCCUUUAACAAUAUCUACCAUAUAGAAGGACAAGACCAAGAGAAAUAAAGGAACACCACCACUUGCAAGUUCAUCUGCAGGAUGCUCAUCAUCCUGAUUAUGAAAUAUAUUGUCACUGGGUCAAAAUCCUGGAAUUCAUGGCUGAUCAAUAAACUCAAU